UUCCCGUUCCGCUAUCAUGACCGAAAAGACGCAAUGGAUUUCAUUCUAUGCGUAUACACAUUAAAAAUCAUAUUUAUUUCAAAUUACAGCUGUUUUUUAUUCUGUUUGUUCUACUUCUAAGCUAAAAAUGUCAAGAUUCGCUUUACGCACAAUACACAUCUUUAAUCUAUCACAAUUAUAUGCCAGAGCCAUUCCUGCAAGACUUAACACAAGUCUCUAUUGCGCAUCAUUUCAUACAAGCCCUGUUAGUAGUUAUGGAAUUUCACCAAAAUCCAAUCUUGUUUCAAUGCAAGUGAAAAACAUUUCCCUUAUCACAAGGAGCAUUUCUAAGGCAUCAAAUGUUGAGUUAAGCCCUGAUAAAGUGGUUUCAAAUGAAGACAUGUUGAACGUUAUGAAUGAUAAUGAAGUUUAUUUAAUUGAUGUUCGAACAAAUAAAGAAAUCGUAGAGCUUGGAAAGAUUGCCAGCCAACGCUGGGUAAACAUUCCUUAUGAGGAAGUCGAAUCUGCAUUCAACAUGAGUGAAACAGAGUUUGAAAGCAAAUAUGGCUCCGUUAAACCGGAAAAAGACACAAAGAUUGUUUUUCACUGCAUGGGUGGUGUUAGAAGCACAGUUGCUCUCAAUGCUGCUCAUAACCUUGGAUUUACAAAGUCGAGACAUUUUCCUGGAGGGUUCAGGGGUUGGGAAGCUUUAAACAGAAACUAGAGAAAUAAUUUCCCGAAAUAUUGCAUUUUUUCCUACACAAACAUAAUUACACAACACAACUUAAGUAUUUUUUUAUUAUAAACAUACACAAUACACGAUUACACAAUGUUGAACUAGUACCAGAACGUUUCUCGUCUAGGAGAAUCAGAAAUUUUAUAUAUUUUUUUCAGUUCAUCUUGCCAGUUAUCCAGAGUUGGUUUGUAUGUUUUCUCGCAUGCAUUUUCGUAAGUUGUAUCUUUAUCUUGGCAUUCGUAUUCUGUUUUCGGAGUUCCGUCCCACAGUAUUUCAGGCGGCCUUUAAUGUAAAAAUUUUCCUAAUUUUUCUUACAAAACGAAUAUUGCCACACAUUUACCGGAAAGCUAGAGCAAAACAAAUCUAAUUUUGUUGUUAUUUUUCAUAACAUUUUCCUUUUUUGUACAAAACAAUUAUUGCCACGUAUUUACUGCAAAUCUAGAGUAAAACAAAUCUAAUUUUGUUGUUAUUUUUCAUACAAAAUUUUUAGUGCUACAUUUUUUGCAUGCUAACUUAUUCUCUACCACAAAAACAAUACCAUUAUGUUAUUGCAGUUACUGCACAGAUCUAUAUGAAUUGCAGGAUUUUAAUACAAACAAAGAGAAAACUUA